AUGAAAGUCAAGGAGACAAGAGAGAGGUCAGGGAGGAAGGCCAGGGAGACACCAGAGAGGUCAGAGGUCAGGAAGGAAGGCCAAGGAGACACCAGAGAGGUCAGAGGGCAGGGAGGAAGGCCGAGGAGACACCAGAGAGGUCAGAGGUCAAGAAGGAAGGCCGAGGAGACACCAGAGAGGUCAGAGGUCAGGAAGGAAGGCCGAGGAGACACCAGAGAGGUCAGAGGGCACGGAGGAAGGCCGAGUAGACACCAGAGAGGUCAGAGGGCACGGAGGAAGGCAGAGGAGACACCAGAGAGGUCAGAGGUCAGGAAGGAAUGCCGAGGAGAUACCAGAGAGGUCAGAGGGCAGGGAGGAAGGCCGAGGAGACACCAGAGAGGUCAGAGGUCAGGAAGGAAUGCCGAGGAGAUACCAGAGAGGUCAGAGAGCAGGGAGGAAGGCCGAGGAGACACCAGAGAGGUCAGAGGGCAGGGAGGAAGGCCGAGGAGACACCAGAGAGGUCAGAGGUUAGGGAGGAAGGCCGAGGAGACACCAACGAUGUCAGGGAGGAAGCCCAAGGAGACACCAGAGAGGUCAGAGGGCACGGAGGAAGGCCGAGGAGACACCAGAGAGGUCAGAGGGCACGGAGGAAGGCCGAGUAGACACCAGAGAGGUCAGAGGGCACGGAGGAAGGCCGAGUAG